ACAGCUCUCUUUGUGGCCUAGAUUGUUUGCCUUCUCUCUCUCUAUCUCUUCAUGGAUGUCAGUGGAAGCACCCGUGACCUCUCACUCUCCCUGUCAAUGAUUCUCUCUUCUAACAAUGUCACUUACCACCUAAGCCAAAGUACCAAGUACUUGUAGCUUCCUACCUUAUGCAUAUAUAUACCAUUUAGGCCCAGCCUGUUUCUACAUGACACCCUUCUCCAAAUUUUACUUUCUUCUUCUCAUUCUUGUUCAGAAAAAAGAGAAAAAAGAAGAAGAAAUGUCAAAAUCUCAUAAUGUUUUCUACAUCUUCUUUCUUUUUAUUCUCCUUCAUAAUUCAGGCCUCUCAUUAGGCCAUUCAAAAGGAAUUAGACCCCGGAAGUCUCCUGGGAAUCUUCCAACAAUAAACGAGACUAGAGUCCAGUUCUCUGAACAGCAAUUCAUGAAGUGGGUCAAGUUUGUUGGCAGCUUAAAGCACUCCCUUUUCAAGGCAGGAAAGAAUAAGCUCUUUCCUUCUUAUAAUCUUGUUGUGGACAAGAAUCCAGCAGCUGGAGAUUUUACAUCCAUUCAAGACGCUAUUGAUUCUCUUCCAUUCAUUAAUCUUGUGAGAGUGGUCAUCAAGGUCCAUGCAGGAGUUUACAAAGAGAAAGUUAAUAUACCUCCCUUAAAAUCCUUCAUAACCAUAGAAGGAGCAGGAGCAGAUAAAACAAUUGUACAAUGGGGAGACACUGCUCAAACACCAGGGGCGAAAGGGCAACCUAUGGGGACCUACAAUUCUGCAACUUUUGCUGUGAAUUCACCUUAUUUUAUUGCCAAGAACAUUACAUUCAAGAAUACAACACCAGUGCCACCACCAGGAGCAAUAGGAAAGCAAGCAGUAGCAUUUAGAAUAUCAGCAGAUACAGCAGUUUUCUUGGGGUGUAGAUUCUUAGGAGCACAGGACACACUAUAUGAUCAUCUGGGCAGGCAUUAUUACAAGGAUUGUUACAUUGAAGGUUCUGUGGACUUCAUCUUUGGGAAUGGCUUGUCUUUAUUUGAGGGUUGUCACGUGCAUGCAAUAGCACAGAAUAUUGGAGCUCUAACAGCACAAGGAAGAGGCAGUAUCCUGGAGGACACGGGGUUUUCAUUCGUGAACUGUAAGGUCACGGGGUCAGGAGCUCUGUACCUUGGAAGGGCAUGGGGUCCUUUUUCAAGAGUCGUGUUUGCUUACACUUACAUGGACAACGUUAUCAUACCUAAAGGCUGGUAUAACUGGGGAGACCCUACCCGUGAAAUGACUGUGUUCUAUGGGCAAUACAAGUGCACAGGACCAGGAGCUAGCUUCGCAGGGAGAGUCUCAUGGUGUAGAGAACUCACUGAUCAGGAGGCUAAGCCUUUUAUUUCCCUCAGCUUCAUUGAUGGGUCUGAAUGGAUCAAAAUAUAAACGUAUUUAUAUUUUUCACAGUUUAAUUUUAUGUCCUUGUCAAUUAGCAUUUGUAAAAGCCAUCGUAGUGAUAAUUUUGAUCCAAAAUUUAUAUGCAAA